AUGGAUACACCGUUUUCUGGUGACGAGCAAGCUGCUAGCUACACGAAUAUUAUCACGGGUCAUGGUCAACAAUCACCUUGCGUGUCAGAGCUCACCGGUAUGGAGCCAUACUAUGCCCUCUCCUCGGGUCCUCAGGAUCAACCAUCUCAUCUAUCAUCAACUGGUCCGCUGUCUCUAGACCCAACCCUGUCACAGCACCAGGAGAACCAACAGCAGACGUCACAUCCGACUCAUGAUGCGACUGUGUAUGCUUCCAUGACCUCAGGUUUUCCAUAUGCGCCUCGAAGUCAUCACCCAGUCUGGCCUUCACCUCCCCCAGGACCUGACGAUUAUGACAACUACUCUUACCAAAGUUCCCCAAGCAGUGGCAGUGCCCCAAUGAGCUGCUACAACCCAUCACCCAUUUCACCAAGGACGUGGUCCUCUCCAGACUUCCCUCUGCCUCAACCUUCAGACCCUCUCCAACAGAACUCUUUCAACAACCUCCGCAUUUGCACACCGACAUCAAACGAAGGGUAUCCUGUCAGAGGCCCUCGGGGCCUGACGCCUUUCUCAGGUGGCGGUAUGAAUCAGAUUUUCGAUAAUGAGAUUGACGGCCUGCCCCAAAACUACUCCCCAGUGACAAUUCCCAGUUCAUCAGCUGGAGCACUAUCAUGCAGCGGCUCCCCGCAAGAACCUCUUCUCGGGACCCCCGUGCUCAUGCAGGCUAGACACGAAUCACCCGCCGGUGUACCGGAGUACCGCGCGAGCUCGGAAGUGGUUCAAGAAGGCAAGGACCUUCAGGUCGCAGCAGCUGGUGGCGCUAGGACAGACGAACCAUACGCCCAGCUACUCUACAGAGCUCUGAUGAGCGUCCCAGAUCAUGCUAUGACUCUUCAAGAGAUUUACCAGUGGUUUCGUGAGAACACUGAUAAGGACAUCAAGAAGGACAAGUCAGAGAAGAGACCGGGCAAAAAUGCCGAAGGCUGGCAGAAUAGCAUCCGUCAUAACCUCAGUAUGAAUGAUGCUUUUGUCAAACGAGAACACAAGCUGGGAUCAGACUCGACGUCGAGAGCGACGGAGCAGGGUUCAGGCUCGACUAAAACUGGUGAAGCUAAAAAAGCGACCGAGUGGGUGUUGGUAGAUUGGGCUGUCCGGGAUGGAGUUAAGAGCACAACAAAAUACCGCGGCAAAAAUGCAGCACGUCGAGGAAUGGGGCGCAAGUACCAUCACCACCCAUAUGAUGACAGAUUUGCACAGCGACACAACCCAAUUGCCGCCAAGGGAAGCCCAAUCGUCAAGAGCGAGUUCCUGACGAACGACAUGAGGAUGCGCGAGCGUCAAUACACUCAUGAAGUGAAAAUGGCACCGAGGUCCCACCAUAUGAACCUCAUCGCACCCCCUCAUCCUCAUCCCCAUCCCCAUCCCCAUCCCAUGCACCGGGCGACUACGAUGCCGAGCAUGUAUCAGUCACCACAGCCGCAGCACCGAGGCUACGAGGAGUUGAUGAUGCCACGGGUUGACAGAAUGCCCCAACCAGUCAUGAAGCAGGAGUAUUCUCCAAUGACACCCGACUCGAGUGGGUUUGGCUUCGUGCUUCCAGAGCCGAGCCUAAUACACGCGCAUGCAGUCAACUCUAGCGCCAGUAACAGCAACGGCACUACCGCGUAUACGCUGCCUAGUGGCACCCAAAGCAUGUACGUUGGUUCAUCUCCGUGCGAAUAUCCGUAUGGGAUGGUAGACGUCACAGGUGUCUAUCCAGGCAGCGGUCACAAUAGCCCUGCUGGCGCUGGCGUCAGUGCUAGUGUUGGUGCUAGCGACGGAGUCAACGAACGCCUCAUAGGGAUCGGCCCUAACGACGUCUACAGCUGGAACGGCCAGGCACUCUGA